UCCUGGUGAAAUCAUGGACGCUGAUGAUGACUUGGAUCUGUUGGCCUCCCUCCUGGAAGAAAGUGAGGCAGCUGAUCAGGGAAAUUCUCCUGAGGAGGACGAUGCUCCAGAGGAUGAGGGGGGAGAACCAGAUGAAUAUGAUGAGCUCUUUGAUGCAGAAGAUGAUGCUUCCUACACUGAGGAGGUUGAUGCUGAGGACAGCGUGAUUGAUGAGCAGAAGGAGAACCUGGCUGCACUGUUUGGAGAUGUAGAUGACCUGCUGGAAGAGGAGGAGGCAGAGGAAACUGUCCCUACUUCAGCCUCCAGUCAGGCAAAAGAGAAGACCAACCAAGAACUGCAAGCUGAGCUGAGAAAAUUGCAAGAACAGAUGAAGACAUUACAGGAGCAGUUGCAAAAGACUGCUAUUGGGCAGCAAUCCAGUUCAGGCCCUGAGAAGAAAACCCCUGGUAAAUCUCCGUGUCUACCCUUAAAGGAAAGGAAAGUUCAGAAGCUGCAAGAGUCACCAUGUUUCUCAGCUCAGCUGGGCAAUCCUUUACCACCAGCCAAGCGAGGAAUCCAGAAAUCAAAAGCAUCCUCAGCAGAGAACAAGACUCCUCCUCCACAGCAAGUCCUCAGUCUGGCGUUCCAGCCUCUCAAGUCUGCCACAGGGAACACACCCAGUAAGGUGGCCAGAGAGAAGACUCCUCACAUGCCUACAUGCUCCAGUGCAACAACUCAGCCAGUGUCUGUGGAAACCUUCUCGGGACUGAGAUUAAGAAAACCCCGGGUUUCAUCGGCUGAAAUGGACAGGAAAAUGGCUAACCGGAAGCUCUUCCGACUGUCCCAGCUGAAGAGCAAACUUGCCGCAGCAAAUCUGGAGGAAAUAGACUGGGUAACAUUUGGAGUCAUAGUGAAGAAGAUCACUCCUCAGAGCGCAAAUAAUGGCAGAACCUUCAGCAUCUGGCGGCUGAAUGACCUACGGGAUCUCAAUCAGUGUGUCUCACUCUUCUUGUUUGGUGAUGUCCACAAAGAGCACUGGAAGACAGACCAAGGCACAGUCAUCGGGCUGCUCAAUGCUAAUCCUAUGAAACCUAAAGAAGGCUCAGAUGAGGUGUGUUUGUCUGUUGACCAUCCCCAGAAGAUCCUCCUCAUGGGUGAAGCUAUGGACAUGGGCACCUGCAAAGCUAGGAAGAAGAACGGUGAUCCUUGUGCACAGAUUGUGAACCUGAACGACUGUGAAUAUUGUCAGUAUCACAUACAAUCCCAGUACAAGAAGCUCAGCUCGAAGCGGGCAGAUCUGCAGUCCACCUUCUCUGGUGGCCGCAUUCCCAAAAAAGUUGGUCGGAAAAAUCCCAGUUUGAAGGAGAGGCUGUGUCAGGAUGGGUUUUACUAUGGAGGUGUCUCUUCAGCAGCAUAUGCAGCCUCAGUUGCAGCAGCUGCAGUGCCGAAAAGGAAGAUUCAAACCACUCUCUCCAAUCUGGUUGUGAGAGGAGUUGAUGCAAUUGUCCAGGAAACCAGGCAGAAAAUUGGUGCAGCAAAGAGAUCCAUGCAAUGUUCUGAGGAAUUCAAGGAACUGCUGGCACAGCCAACUUUUGGAGCACGAAACCUCUGCAAACACUGGACCAAAGCAGGUAUUGUCCUUUUGCCUGAAGGAAAACCCACUCCUGAAAUCAAGUCUGUCUCUGCUUCAGCACUGCUCAAGCAACAGAAACAGAAAUUGCUGGAGGCCAGAAAAAAGCGAUCUGAAGAGAUUCAGAGGCGGUUUCUCCAGAACACAAGUAAAGUUGGCAGCCCUGCUCUCCCAUCCUCCUCCAGACAGUCCUCGCUCCAUUCCCCAAUGCCUGGGGCAGAGUUUCCCAAAGCUGCAAAAAUGUCAACUCCUCAAAGGCCCAGGCUAGGCACAGGCUUCUCAGAAGGAGAAGAUAUCCUCUUCUUUGAUGGGUCUCCACCUCCAACACCAAAGCUAGGCAGCUUGGCAGAAGCCAAAAAGCUGGCUGCGAUACACCGACUACGAGCAAAAGGCCAGAUUCUUGCCAAAACUGACCCAAACAGUGUCAAGAGGAAAAGAGCUGAUGUUGACGAUGUCCUAGAAAUUGUUGAAAGAGUUGAGAAAAAUGUUGCUCAGGCACAAGAUAUGGAUGAACUGGAGCCUGCCCAAAAGAAACGGCGUGAGCAGCUGGCCUAUCUGGAGUCAGAAGAGUUCCAGAAAAUCCUGAAUGCCAAGUCCAAGCACACAGAUCUCCUGAAAGAGGCUGAGGCUGAACUGCAGGAGCAAUACUUUCAGCCCCUGGUGAAAAAGGAAGAAAUGGAAGAGAAGAUGAGGAGCAUUAAAGAAGUGAAAUGUCGAGUUGUGACCUGUAAAACGUGUAAUUACACCUAUUUCAAGCCUCUGGAGACGUGUGUGCAGGAUAACCACGACUACCACUGGCAUGAUGCCAUCAAGCGAUUUUUCAAAUGUCCUUGUGGAAGCCGAGCUAUUUCCCUUGACAGGCUCCCAAAAAAGCCUUGCAGUACCUGUGGCCUCUUCAAGUGGGAGCGAGAUGGGAUGCUAAAGGAGAAAAAAGGUCCGAAGAUUGGUGGAGAAACACUUUUACCACGAGGGGAGGAACAACCAAAAUUUCUCAAUAGUCUUAAGUGACUUGGAGUUGAUUUUUUUCACAACAUAAGGAUGGAUUUCUGUGUCUAAAACACACAUUUCUUUAAUGGAAUGCCAAGAGGAUUCUGGUUUUAGGGAUGAAUGAGCAGGGGAAUCAGUUCCUGAUGAGAAGGACAUCCACAAAGUCUCCACCAGGC